CAGCACAACGCAAACUGUUCAGGAAAUCUGCCUGACGGAACCGAACAUGCACAGUAGUAGAAACAUUAGCGAACAGCUGAUACAAUGGCGCCACUGGACCUGGAUAAAUACGCGGAGAUUGCCAAGCAGUGUAAAUAUUUACCUGAAAACGACCUCAAGAGGUUAUGUGAUUAUGUAUGUGACCUAUUGCUGGAGGAAUCCAAUGUCCAGCCUGUGUCCACCCCAGUGACUGUGUGUGGAGAUAUACAUGGACAGUUUUAUGAUCUGUGUGAACUCUUCAGAACCGGAGGACAGGUCCCAGACACAAACUAUAUUUUCAUGGGUGACUUUGUUGACCGGGGAUAUUACAGCUUGGAGACAUUCACAUACCUGCUGGUGUUAAAAGCCAAAUGGCCUGACCGCAUCACGCUUUUAAGAGGGAACCACGAAAGCAGACAAAUAACCCAAGUAUAUGGCUUUUAUGAUGAAUGCCAAACCAAAUAUGGGAAUGCCAAUGCCUGGCGUUACUGUACCAAAGUGUUUGAUAUGUUAACAGUUGCAGCGCUGAUGGAUGAGCAGAUUCUGUGUGUUCAUGGGGGCCUCUCCCCAGACAUAAAGACCCUGGACCAAAUCAGAACCAUUGAGCGUAACCAGGAGAUCCCCCACAAGGGAGCAUUCUGUGACCUUGUCUGGUCAGACCCCGAGGACGUCGACACCUGGGCCAUCAGCCCCAGGGGAGCUGGGUGGCUGUUUGGUGCAAAGGUCACCAAUGAGUUUGUUCACAUCAACAACUUGACAUUGAUCUGUCGGGCACAUCAACUAGUCCAUGAAGGUUACAAGUUCAUGUUUGAUGAGAAGCUGGUCACGGUCUGGUCAGCUCCUAACUACUGCUAUCGCUGCGGCAACAUUGCCUCCAUCAUGGUUUUCAAAGACGCCAAUACAAGGGAGCCCAAGCUGUUUCGGGCGGUGCCCGACUCGGAGAGAGUAAUUCCACCCAGGACAACAACACCAUAUUUCCUGUAAACACUGCACUAUCAUCAUCAUCUUUGGCCGCACUGUUAUCAAGCACCACAUUUGUAAUGCAUCACAUACAGUGGAGUGACAACAACUCCCGUUGAAGUGACACCACUGAUUAUGUCAUUCAUAUUUUACCAGUGGAGGCUGCUGAGGGGAGGACGGCUCAUAAGAAUGGCUGGAAUAGAGCCAACGGAAUGGUAUCAACCACAUGGAAACCACGUGUUUUAUA